AUGUUCAUGCCAUCAUUAAAACUGGCUGAAAAUAUUAAAUUUGGCUUUUUCAAAGCAGAACCUUGUACUGCCAGUCGAACAACGGUUUCGGAAUCUGAUCUCCUACGUGAACUAGUAUUUGUACUAAAUGGUGUUGGGGGGAAUCUAAUUAAAUUUAAUCAUAUACAGGAUUCCUUCAGAUUAGUAUCAACUGCAAAUGUGGCUGUCGGUCAGCAAGAUUCAAUUCAUAGGAUAGCUGAAUGCGGAUGGUUACAUAAUAAAAUUAAACAAUUUAUAAGUCGUGCUCGAAAUGAUAGAUCUGCUGGGACUAUUGUACAAAGUUUUGCUUCUGGCUUACAUGAACACUUAACUGAGUAUUACCGUCUAGUUGCCACUUUAGAAUCACAACUGAAUCAAGAUAAACAUGAUUUCUCCGGAGAUCAUCAUACUAAUCAGUCUGAUCAAGGCACAGACUAUGGUAGAUCACUAGAAAAUAUUGCAAGUUUUAUGCAUGGUGAUGUUGGAGGCUUGGAUUCUCAUGUCGAUCGUACCAGUGAUCAUCAGUCAACCUCUUCGCUGUCUUUUGUCCAACCGUUGACAUUAACUCGGUUGGUUUUAUGGACUCAAGAGCCUCGGUUGAGACUACGAUUUCUAGCCAGCUUAUGUGAUGUUUGUCAUGGUUUAAGUGGUGGAGCAUUAGCAUCUGAAGUGUUUGCUUAUACACUUCAUGGCGAUCCUGAAGUAGCGUUGAUUAUGCGACAUUUAAUGUCCAAUAUUGCUUCCAGUUUGUUACAUUUUAUUAGUCAAUGGAUUUAUGAUGGCCAUCUAGACGAUCCAUAUCAAGAAUUCUUUGUUGAAUCAGAUACGUCAGUGAAAAUGGAUCGUUUAUGGUAUGAUAAAUAUAAUCUUCGGCAUAAUAUGAUUCCAAGAUUUAUCACUUCAAGCCAAGCAAAUAAGAUUCUUGUCACUGGUAAAUCGAUCAACUUUUUAAUUCAUGUUUGUGGCGAAAAACAAGGCAUUAAAAAUCGUGAAUCUAUUCGUCAUACACGUUUAAAAAAGGUUGAAUCCAUGUUUGAACAAGAUUUGGAUCAAUCAUUUGAUCAAAUGAUAUCUACUGUAUAUAAACAAACUAGUCAACAUUUAUUAGAAACAUUAAUAGGACGUUAUCAUUUUCUAGAUCAUUUAAGAGCUACAAGACAAUUUUUACUCUUAGGACAAGGGGAUUUUAUUCAACAUCUCAUGGAUUUGUUAGAUUCAAAUUUAAAUAAACCAUGUUCACAAAUACUACUUAGUCGAUUAAGUGGUAUAUUGGAGACAGCUAUACGCGAUACUAAUGCACAAUAUGAGCAACCGGAAAUUCUUCAACGCUUAGAUGUUCGUUUACUGGAUAUAUCAACGGGUCAAGAUACUGGAUGGGAUAUAUUUUCAUUGGAUUAUCAUGUCGAUGGUCCAUUGGCUACAAUAUUUACUGAUAAUUGUCGUUUUAUGUAUUUAUUUUCAUUUAAUUUUCUUUGGCGUGCUAAACGUAUGGAAUUUACAUUAAGCAAUUUAUGGAAACAACAAUUAUGUGCAACACGUUUAGGUUAUGGUCUACAAAUUGAUUUAUCAUUAGUAUUACAUUUAUUACAAUUAUUCGGUGCAGAAAUACGACAUUUUAUUCAACAGCUACAAUAUUAUAUUAAUUUUGAAGUUUUAGAAUGUGCCUGGGAAAAUCUUGUCAAACAAGUUCAUUCCGCUCAAGAUUUAAGUGACGUUAUUAAAGCCCAUCAAGCGUUCUUAUCAAAUGUAUUUACAAGAUGUCUAUUAGAUGCUGAGUCACGUCAACUUCUUGGUCAAUUACGAGCGAUAUUUAAUUCAAUCUUAGAUUAUGCUCAGUUACAUCAAGAUUUUAAUAUAACUGCCAUGCAUGAGAAUGGUAUACGUGAAAAAUAUGCAUCUGAGGUACAACGUGCUGAACGGACUGGUCAUUGGGGUACUGAUCGAUUACGAGAAGAACAAGAGUCAUAUAGACGUAAAGAGUUUGUCGAUAGUAAACUUGCUCAUUUACAAGCUCGAAUUCGUAUUCAAGCUGCUGCAUAUCGUGCUAAUCUUAUCAAGUUCAUCGAUAUGUUGUCAAAUCAUACAGAUCCUAGUUUACGUUUAUUAGCAGAACAUAUAAAUUUCAAUGGACAUUAUUGUACUUCAACACCUGGUUCAUCUUGUACCACUAGUGGAUCAAUAACAUCCGGUUAUCCUUCACUAAUACAUCAUCAUCAAAAAUAUCAAUCGACACAUCAUCAACAACAACGCAUACAAUCACUUUCAACAACACCACCGCCUCUGCCGUCGUCAUCAACUCAACCUACAUCACAACAAGAAGAACAAAACAAGACUAAAUACAGUAAUAUAAUCAUCUUAAAAAGUGCAUUACCAUAUUCUGGUUCUGUAACACCAAGUUCACCAUCAUCAUCAUUAACAAUUGGUUCAAAACAAACAGAAUCCGGUGUAUCACAUUUAAGUGAUUUAGAAUGUAGAAAAAAUUCCAGUGCAUCUGAUGAAUAUAGAGAAUUCACUUUACAUCCGAAAUAG